AUGGCGAUGGAGCUGGAGACCGUUGAAUUACCUUGCGCGGCUGCGGAUACAAAGUGCAACAGCGCAUCACAUAUUUCAGCGCAUAAUACAUUCGAAAGCACAACUCCUUCAAUAACGACCAGCUCCGCCGAGCGUUGGAACUAUCCAAAGCGCAACUUUUUCCGUUUCAUAGCGACCAAUUACAGCUUUGUCAUAUUGGGAAUCAAUGAUGCAGCCUACGGUGCCCUUAUACCAUAUCUGGAAACUUAUUACGACGUUUCCUACACGGUCAUAUCGCUGGUCUUUUUAUCCCCUCUGGCGGGAUACAUCACAUCGGCCAUACUGAACAAUAUGUUGCACAUGCGAUUUGGGCAGCGCGGCCCUGCUCUCCUGGGGCCUGCCACCCACGUCAUUGCCUAUGUCAUCGUCUGCCUUCACCCUCCAUAUCCGGUCCUGGUCAUUGCCUUUAUCAUUGCCGGCUUCGCAAACGGCCUAGCAGACGCUGCAUGGAACGCAUGGGUGGGCGGAAUGGCAAAUGCCAACGAACUUCUAGGACUGUUGCACGGAUCAUAUGGCCUAGGAGCACUACUAGCUCCGACAAUUGCUACGUCUCUUAUCACAAAGGCAGGCUGGCAGUGGUAUGAGUUCUAUUACCUUGUCGCUGGGAGCGCCUUCUUGGAACUGGUUUUUCUAGGGGCUUCGUUCUGGAAUGCGACAGCGGCGCAGUACCGCGAGACACACCAGCGUAACGAUAACGUGAGCCACAGCGCCAUGAUACCCUCUGAUGAAGAACAACAGCAGCACGUCAGCAAACGAGAUAUUAUCCUCAGCAAGAUCUUCGGCAACAGCCGCACAGCCGAAGCUGCAAAGAACAAAAUAACUUGGAUAUGUGCAUUCUUCCUGAUCGCGUACGUUGGAAUCGAGGUUGCUCUAGGCGGAUGGAUCGUCACCUUUAUGAUCCGCGUUCGCCACGCCUCAAAUUUUGCUUCCGGCAUGGCGUCAACGGGAUUCUGGGCUGGUAUCACUGUUGGCCGUGUGGUUCUAGGCUUCGUAACCCCCAGACUAUUUACAAGUGAAAAGCAUGCCGUGACGGUAUAUCUGGGAGCCACUGUGGUUCUCGAGCUGCUCUUUUGGCUCAUCCCCCAAUUCGUCGUUUCUGCAGUCAUGGCCGCUUUUCUUGGGUUCUUUCUAGGCCCCUUGUUCCCGGCAGCGGUUAUAGCUGCGACAAAGUUGCUCCCGAAACAUUUACAUGUCAGUGCUAUCGGAUUCGCUGCCGCUCUCGGUGCAUCUGGCGCUACAAUCUUGCCCUUCGCGGUCGGUGCCAUUGCUCAGGUGAAAGGGGUGCAAGUCCUGCAGCCGAUUGUGCUAGCCAUGCUUGUUGUUGAUGCUGGAAUUUGGCUGUGCCUACCCAGCUUAUCAAAGAAAAAUCAGUGA